AUGGAGCUUACGGGGUCAACUUUGAAGAACAACAUCAACAACUUACUGCGGCGGCGCAUUGGUCCGCACGAGCGCGCGGCGGUCGUCGACCACGGCACGGCGUCGCGCGCGUCGCACCGGAGGAGUGAGUGUUAUAAAAGCUCAUGUCCAUCCGCAUUCUCGAAACAGCCGACUGCGGACAUCAUGGCCAGCACUGCAGUAUUACUGGGCAGGUAUUCGCCGCGAUCCACGGAUCUACCGCACGACCGACGUAACAACAGGGUCCCCGUCAACGGCGGAUCCGCCAUCGUUCUCGACAGAUCGGACUUAUUUAGCGUGUCACCAAUUUGUCCCGGACUGGCUCUCUGCGGUGCUCUGUCCAUUUACACGGAUAAGGAGACGGUGGCCGCGCUCCGGCCAACGUGUCUGAUCAAUUGCGCCUGCGAACUGCCCGACACACCGCUACCAGACACCGUGCACAGGUACCACAAGGUACCGGUGGCGGACACCGCGGUUACCGACCUCGGACCACACAUGGACACGGUUACUGAUCUCAUACACCAGGAAUAUAUUUCCGGAGGUACGACAAUAAUACAUUGUGCAGCUGGAGUAAGCAGAUCGGCUACUUUUUGCAUAGCAUACUUGAUCAAAUAUCGUGGUAUGACCAUGAAUAGUGCAUAUCGCCACGUAGCAAAAUGCAGACCUUGUAUAAAUCCAAAUACAGGAUUUAUUAGUCAACUAAUAGAAUUCGAAGGAAAAUAUAGAGAGGAGUAGCAGUGAAUAAAAUAACGUUUAUAAUACACAAAAAUCAUUCCAAGUAUAAAUAAUUGUUGUAUUGUAUAUAGUAAUUGUAUUGUAAUCUUUUUAAAUGUUUUAAUUCCUAUAAAAUAAUUAUUUUUGUUUAAAAAUUUAAAACUGUAAAUGUUAUGAUCGAUUCUAUCAUCGUACA